AGAACAGAGAAACAGGGCCCAGGGGUUUCUUCAAUCUCUGAGGAAGGGUGAAGGGUCGACUGAAGACCAAACAGAAGCUGUGUGGGUGUGCGAGAGAGAUGGCACUCGCAGGAGCAGCAGAAGCGCAAAGGAGACAAGGAGGGAGACCCCUGGGUCCACCUCCAAGAGGCCAUCCCGCUUUUCUUCGCCCUCGCUUCGAGCCCGUAGAUCGCGAAAAGACUUGCCCGUUAUUGCUUCGAGUUUUCACCAAGAUUGGAGGUCAUCAUAAUGAUGAAGAAUUUGCUGUGCGAGGCAAGGUGCCCAAGGAUGAGGUUCAAAUUUAUACCUGGAAAGAUGCUACUCUUCGUGAGUUAACCGAUCUGGUCAAAGAGGUAGCUCCAGCUGCAAGGAGAAAAAAUGCAAAACUAUCAUUUGCUUUUGUAUAUCCUGAUAAAAAUGGUCGUUUUAAAGUGAAGGAGGUGGGGAUGGCCUAUUCAUUUGGAAACGGAAGACUGGAUGACAGCAAGACAUUGGCUGAACUUCACUUUCAGAUUGGAGAUUACUUGGAUGUGGCUAUUCUGUAGAGAAGCUUUCCCCUUUGGAUGCAUUUUUCCGGGUGCUUGUAGUCAGGUUGUUUUGGGAGGUCUUUUAACAUUGUUUACGUGAUUUUUGACCUGAGUUCAUGUCUCCAUGCGCGUAGACAAGUUAGCUAGUGUCUAAUUAGCAUAAUGUGGACGUAGAUAUGUAGCAGCUGUCCAGGUUUUUUUGCUAAAUAAACUUUCAUAUAACUUCGAAACAUAACAUACAUAUCAUGGUGUGGGUUAGAGAUCUCCCACUUAAUGAUGUGGUUGGGUAUUACUUAUACAUUUGACUAUAUACCACUUUUAUUUUUCAGCCCACCUUGCAAGCUCAUGUGCUUGUACGGUGUUCUCCCUUGGGAUCCAGUUGAGCUCCCUGUUCUUGUCGAGCGACAUCAAGCUUCUUAUCUCCUUUAGCUGCUGUCUAGUUGUUAGCAAGAUGUGAACCUCAAUUCUCGGUUUUACCGGCUCUCAGUUGAAACUUCUCGAGGAUUCGGGAGAAUAUAUGAUAUAUGAUGGCUAAAUUAUUAUUUCUA